AUGGGCCCUAAUACGAAUCCCGAUUACAAGCCUUCCACGCAUGGGCUAAAAGUGCUCAUUGCGGGUGCAGGAAUUGGCGGAUUGGUAGCAGCAAUUGCCCUUCGCCAGCAGGGCCAUCAUGUGGAGCUGUUUGAACGAUCCCGUUUCGCCAACGAGAUCGGUGCUGCUAUCCAUUUGACCCCAAAUGCGAAUGGUCUCCCCAAGAAGAUUGGCAUAGAUACCCGAGAAAAAGGUGCCGUUUUGACGGAGCGUGAAUGGCUUCUUAUUCACCGGGCCCAUCUUCACGAAGCUUUGAAAGAAAAGGCACAAGUUCCGGGCAAAGGCAAGCCUGCUAUUCUUCAUACUUCCAGUAAAGUAGCGGCAAUUGACCUCAAAAGUGCCACCAUCGUUCUUGAAGACGGGACGACAGUUCAGGGUGACCUCAUCAUCGGUGCAGAUGGUGUGCACUCAGUUACUCGAUGCCAUGUCCAGGCAGGUGAUGAAGUUCUCGACGAUCCGGAAACAGCAAACUUAUUCUGCGCGCCCGGGUCCCUGGAUACGUGGAAAAGUGCCAACAGCAGAAUUAUUGUGUAUCCUUGUGUGCACAAUCAGAUUCUGAAUUUUGUCUGUAUCCAUCCAGACUCCCUCAGCAAUACUGGAGUCAUCAAUGGCUGGCAGCAAUCUGUUGGAAAGGGUACCCUUCUCAACAUUUAUCAAGACUUCAAUCCUAGAAUCCGAAAGGUAUUGGACAAGGCUGAUCCUGAAACCUUGAAGAUCUGGCCUCUUCUAGACCUGGACACGCUUCCAUCUUGGGUCAAUGAGCAAUUUGCACUCAUUGGAGAUGCGGCCCAUCCCUUCUUGCCGUACCGUGCUUCAGGAGGUGCAAUAGCCAUCGAGGAUGGUCUCUCCCUUGCCGCCAUGCUACCAGGAGACGUAAAAAAGGAAGACAUUCCGGAGCGGCUGAAGCUGUAUGAAAAGGCGCGUCACGAACGAGUGACUACGAUUCAGGAGUUCACCCGGGAGUCUGGAAGGAGAAAUUUAAGCGUGGCUGAAGAGCACCUCUGGUCACAGAACCGCGAUUUCUAUUACCGACAGCCGACUGUCUUUGGCCCAAUGCCUGGACCACGCCAGGAUUUCUGGGGAAGAAGUCGAGCUGCCGCAUCUACCAAGGCGACAUAUUGCACAGCGUCUAUCAAGAUCAAGACAAGUCGCACUCUCCUUAAAAACCUUUUGCCCAACCCCUCGUAUGAGUUUUCAGGCACAGGCAGCGUGGCUUAUGUAACUUUCUCACAAACGAGCUUGAAAGGAUUGGACUGGCUCGCGGGCGGUGGUUAUAACCACAUGGGACUCUAUAUCCAUGGUAUCGAAUACAAACGGCCCAAUGGCGAGGCCUUGAAGGGAAGCUAUCUCCCGGUACUGUUUGAGGACUUUGCGGAUCCGAUAAUCUCCGGCAGGGAGGAGAUCGGAUUUCCAAAAGUCUUCAGCUCGAUUGACGUAAACAAGCUUCAGAGGUCCCAUUAUGUUUCUACUAGUUGGCGUGGAGCUGUAUGGGGAAGGAUGACACUCACUGGGCUCAAGGAAGCAAAACACGACCCUGAACAGAGCACGACGGCUUCGCCUACUGAUGAAGGACUGCUCGUGCAUCGGUACAUGCCCCGGGUAGGAAAUGACCAGAGAGGGAAACCGGAAGCCGAAUACCCCGUUUUUGUGAAUUUCGGUCAGGAGCAGAUGACAGUACCAUCCCGGAUCAAUCGAGUACCAAAGGCUGAACAUGCAGAUCUUCACAUCGAUGGACUGGACUGGAGUCAACUGCCUACGUUGCACCACAUAAUCUCGCGGCUGGUGGAGAUCCCUAUUUAUGAGGUCGUGGAGGCCGGAGUGGUGGAAGGAGAGGGAGUUUCUGAUCUUUCGUCUGCCAAGGGAGUGUAA